ACAUGGCGGCCGUAAAGUAACAGAAACAUCUCUCAUUGAGUUUUGCCAUUGAAACGAAAAGUUAUUACUACUCUAGAACUCCGACACAUUGGCAUUAAUACUUCUUCUAGAGCUAGACCUGUUUAGUUGGCGAGAACUUGAGCAAUAACUCAUCUUUUGCAGGGAUCUAGGGGAGGGUGCAGGGGUGCGCCACCCCCCUGCGAUGAAGCCUUCUUCUUCGUAUGUCGCUUUUAAAAUCUGUUUACCUCACCAGCAAGUUACAGCAUUCCCGGGUGGUGCACCCCUCCUAGAAAAAUUCUGGAUCCGCCCCUGUUUUGACUUACUCCAGAGCCUUAUCGAGCCGCCAUUUUGAUGUCACGCAACGCACAAACUUGGAAAUUCAGGCGUAAUGAGGAACCCGGUCGUCAAAUUAUUAGAGGGUCUAACAUCUGAUGAAACUAAAACUUCAGAAGGAUUGGUAAUUUCGUAUUUUGGAAAAUGAUGAUGUCACAUGAAAACCGGCAAUAGCAACAACAACAACAAAAAAAUUCUGUCAUGUUUAGGGGUCAGAUCUGAAGCUUCAGUCACGCCCAAAUUGAUCUCCUUUAGGGUUUAGUAAUUCAAAUAUUUCAACGAGCAUCCCCGAUCUUUUUUACAUAGGAGCACCUCCAUAGUUCCCGGGAUCAAAAGGAUCAAUUAGGCCAUAAUACAGGGUAGCCUGAGUUGUCAGUCGCCUGACAUUUCGCGGAACCAAACGAUCAAAAUGCAGGCAUAGCUGUUUAGCCAAAAUCUCUUUCAUGGAUGCUUUCAUGUCACGUGGUUACACUGCGUAGAAACCAAAGUAUGCCGUCACGCAAUCCAUUGCCUCGCAAAAUGGCGUUCAAGAUCAUUUUCUGGUCCUGUUUGUUGGCUGUACUUGCAUACUUAACCUAUCAAGAGCUUACAGUUGUCAAGGACAGCUACUCGAUGCAAAUCGAAAUACCUGCAAAGCGGUCUGAUGUCUUUCGCGUGUUGGCUGAUCCCGAAUUGUUUCCGCUGAAGAUACAUCCAUUGUGUGUUGGUGUUAGCAGUAUUACCAGGUCUCCAGAACAAGAUGGCUCAAAGGCAUUGCAGUUUAUCAACCAUGAAAGGGUUCCAUUAUUGCCACUCUUAAACAUCAGCCAAAUGAUUACUUUUCAAGUGAAUUUGACAGUGAUAGAGGAAAAUGCUAUCAUCCAGAACAAAGCAAACCUCAUGGGUGGAAUUUUACAGCUUAAACAGCAUUGGUAUGUAGCUGAUUCAAAGAAUGGCAGUGGAGAUGAAACAUUAUUAAAACAUCAUUUUGAAUUUACUACCGUUCGUAUUUUAUCAAGAUUUGUGAAGAGAAUGUCACUUGUUGUGCACAAUAACAUGUUGAGAAAUAUCAGGCAAUACUUUGUAGAAACAUCACAGGGACCUAAUGAUAACAUUAGUACAUAGCAUCAGGGAUUCAACCACGUU